AUGGAGUACUCGCUGAAUGUAAGUGCAAUCCUAAGGCACCGGAACUGCGAAUAUUACUGUACUCUAUGGAAGUAUGGGAAGGGGUGGUCGACCCAAGUGACUAUAGUGGAGAUGUCAGUGGGUGUGACUGCUACGGGAGUAGGUGUAGGCGCCGUGGUUGUCGGUGCAGUGAUCGGUGGUUCUACGGCUAUUAUAGCCAUACCCUGUGGGCUAAGCCUGUUGUUGGCGGUGAUGGCCUACUUUGGCGUCAAGUGGUUGUGUCCCGAGAAAGCCAUUGGUGUCCAGAAGAGCUCGGCGUGUGUGGGCACGUGUUGUGUGCGGACUAUGGGAUCGGUGCUGUCGACGGGAUCGGUGCUGUCGCCAAUGGCCUCAUUUGGCACUCACCCCCAGAUCUACGAAGUGGUCAAUCGCGGAGAUAUUAUCGAAAUCCAGAUGUCUUGGGGUUACAAACAUUGGGUGAUCUGUGAGUACAAAAGUGGUGGUAAUGUCUGGUGCUAUCACUUGGCACCGGGGGUUGGGUCGUCGGCCGCCAAAAUGUUCCUCAGAAAAGUACCACUGCUUGACAUACUG